AUGCCCCGACGGUCGCUUCCCGACCUUCCGCCAGAGCUCUGGUUGCAAAUUUACCGUAUUGCCACCGAGGAGUUGUCGCCCCUGGCUCGGGCACGCGCUCUGGACGAUGAAUUCGACCCAUUAGAUGAACGGCAUCUGCAACGAUAUUUCAAAGCAGUCCGCUCGCUGGGCCGCGUCUGCCGCUUCUGGCAUAAGUUGGCCCAAGAACUGCUCUUCGAAAACAUAUGGAUAAACCCCAAACGGUGGUCAUCGCUGACUGCUGCCCUCGACCAGACCAAUAAUAUCACUCGGACUGCGCUUUUAUCGCCAACCAGAUUCGAUCACAAUAUCGCUCUCCUCCGACGCGAGGGUUUUUCGGAUACGCUCGAAGUUCUCUCACAACCUGAAUAUCCUCGAACGAUGGAAUAUUACCCUUCAGAGAGGGGCAUUCAGCUACCACCCUUGAAUUCCCUCAAAAGGAUUUUCUGGGUGGAAAGCUCCUGGUCCGCUGACUUGCUCCAGAGCGUGUUGGCUGCGGCUGCUCCAAACAUUGAGCACAUCACGCUGUCAACAUCUGCGACGCUUGGCUCCGACUCGAACAUCCUCCGUGUCCCCAACCUCCCCCGACUACGAUCGCUCUCCGUCAGCUCCCUGACACCAUUUCAUACCCUCGCAGUCCUCCACGCUGGUCUCCCAAAUCUGCGGCAUCUUACAAUCGACCCACCGCAGUUAGAACCGGAUUUCCCGCCCAUCAACUCUCUGACUACCCUGACAAUCACAGGCUCAACUUUCGUGCGCUUCGCCACCAUUCACGCCCGCUUCCCUGGCCUGCGCGAACUGCAAUUUGAUGCCCGUGCGACGCUCUUUCCGCCUCAGGAGAAACAAUCAUUCCUGCGGCUCGCCCUCGUUCGAUUGUUUCUUCCCAUCCAACCGUCGAUCUUCCGGGAGCCUAUAAUAACGUUGAAUUUGUCGUUCCUGCGGAAAAAUCCUGCAUUUGGGGCAGUCGAGUCUGUGGUGUUGGAUGGGAAAGGCUGGGAUUACCUUCGAGUACCAUCUGCUAUGCACCCUCAGCAAGAGCUCGAGAUGUUGCAGGAGAAGGGAUGUCGAAUCAAGUAUAUCCCCGACUCUUUCUAA